ACAGCUGCUCUGUAAACAUCUGUUCUGUGCUGCUCCUCCCAACUGCAGGCAGGAGGCAACACUUCAGGCUAAAUUAUUCUUUGUUUUUCUUUUUGGAGCAUAUUUGAAGUCUCUGCACAGAUGAGGAAACUGGUGAUUUGUGUCGUUUCGAGCCUGGUUGUUUUGGGUGCAGUCGGAUUUGUCUCCCUCCCCUGGCUCUGCAGCCUGGUGGCAGGGCUGGGGCUCUUUGUGGCCUGGAUGGGACCCUGGAAGAAACUUCAUGUUGCUCUGCACACCAUCAAGAGGGACCUGAUGUGUUUGGUUGUUAUUAUGCAAGUGAAGCAUUCUAUAAACCGUAACCUGCRAAAGAAAAGCACCAUCCCUUCCUUGUUUGCUGAAAAUGUGAUGCAGAGCCCAGACAAACCGGCCUUGAUUUAUGAGGCAACAGGAGAGGUUUGGAGUUUUAAAGAGUUGCAGGAGCGGUGCCAUGCUGUGGCUCAUUGGGCACUGGAGCAGGGCUGGGUGGAGGGUGAYGUUGUGGCUUUGUACAUGGAAAACCGGCCGUUAGUGGUGGCUCUGUGGUUGGGUCUGGCCAUGACCGGUGUAGAGGCUGCAUUUAUCAACUACAACCUUCAUCAAGACUCACUGCUGCACUGUGUCAGGGUGUCUGGAGCUCGGGCGAUGGUGUUCGGAGCAGAAAUGACAGAAGCUGUGUCAGAGGUGAUUGGGUCUCUGCAGCCCAACAUGGUUUUCUUCUGCAGUGGUGAGGAGAACAAGGAGAAUCUUUGCAGACUCAAAGCUCAGAGUUUGGAUUUCUUGCUGCACCAAUCUCCCACACACCCGCCCCACUACAAACUGAGGAAAGGAUUUAAUGACAAACUCUUCUACAUUUACACCUCUGGCACAACCGGUAUGCCAAAGGCUGCAAUAGUCAUUCACAGCAGGUUCUGCCGGUCCAUUCAGGGGACUCGCACCACCAUUCACCUGCACCUCUGCAUCUGCCUCUUCAUGGCUGACCUCGUCUUCCUGGUCGGCGUUUCUCGAACUGAACCUGAGCGCCACCUAGUGUUGGGAUGCUAUCACUUCACAGGCACCAUCAUGGGUGUAGGGCAGUGUUUGCUCUUUGGUUUGACUGUUGUACUCAGGAGGAAAUUUUCAGCCAGUCGUUUCUGGGACGAUUGCGUCAAACACAACUGCACUGUGAUUCAGUAUAUUGGUGAGAUCUGUCGUUACCUGCUGGCACAGCCUGUCUGUCCAUCUGAGGCGCAGCAUCAGGUCAGAGUAGCUGUUGGUAAUGGCCUCCGUCCCUCUGUGUGGGAAAAGUUUGUUCAAAGAUUCAGAAUCCAAAAAGUAGGAGAAUUUUAUGGAGCAACUGAAUGCAACUGCAGCCUGAUAAACAUAGACGGAAAGGUGGGAGCGUGUGGCUUCAGUAGCCGCAUCCUGCCUAACUUUUACCCCAUCCGACUUGUCAGGGUGAAAGAUGAUCAUAAAGAGCUUCUCAGGGAUUCUCAGGGACUCUGCAUCCCCUGUCAGCCUGGGGAGCCAGGGAUGAUAGUGGGACGAAUCAUCGACACUGAUCCACUCAGGAGGUUUGACGGCUACAUUGAUCAGGACUCAACCAGUCAGAAGAUUGCUCACAGCAUUUUCCAGCAGGGAGACUCAGCUUACGUCUCAGG